AUUACUUUCUUUGAUCUAAAAUAUGGUAAUGUAUAUUUUUAUUAGUUAUUUUAAUAAUAUGUUACUUUUUUUCCUUUUUGUUAUACUUUAAUAUUUUCUCACUAUUUCAUUUUAGGCUUUCAUCACAUUUUCACUUCUGGCAUUAGUGGCUUGCGCUGUGGCGAAGGACUACACUCUUGAUUUUGUCGAGAAGGGUCAAUCUUUCACAGAAAAAAUUUUAGUCGACAAGAAAAAUGAUGUUAUUGAAUAUGAUGUGCCUGCACAUGCUGGAGUUGAAGCUGGAAAAUAUCUUACAGAUUUUAACUUACGUUUAACUGUUAUGAAAUUGGAUAGAUUCAAGAAAUGCUAUGCCAUGGAAAUCCCUGCUGGGGAACCAACUCCCAAAGAUGAUGAAAUUGGCAUUAAGAAGGUUAAUGGAAAAUUCCCAAGCCAUAAAUAUUGGGUUGAGAAUUUAGACAUUCUUCCUCUAACGGAACUUGAUUCUACUUCACUAUCCAAAGCCAUCAACGACUUUUGUGGCAAAUACACUGUUGUAAAGGUGAAGCAAUAUGCCGAAAAAGAUAUGGAAACAGUUGCUCUUCAAGCUGCCAAAGCGUCAAAGGUUGGUCGAUCAAAGAGAAAGACUGUGACAGAAUUUAUUGCUUGCGAUAACAACAGUCAAUUAACAAUUGCAGAAUGUCCUGGACCAAAACUGAUCGUGAAAUGCAAAUUUGUUGCAGCUAAAACAUGCGUGUACAGAGUAUCGUGUACUUUGGGUAGCACUGGAUGGAAUUGCCCAGGAGUCCACAGAUACCAUAUUCUUCACUGUUGCGAUUAUGGUUGUAAAAAAUAAAUAAUAGAAGUAAAUGACAAAUUAA